AUGGCUUCAGAAGUUGAAAAAGCGCAAACUGCGCAGAAAGGAGGCGACACACUUUUCGGCAAAAUCAUCCGAAAAGAAAUCCCCGCUAAAAUCAUUUUCGAGGAUGAUGAUGUUCUUGCCUUUCACGACGUCUCCCCUCAAGCGCCAGUUCAUUUUCUCGUUAUCCCAAAGAAAGCGAUUCCAUCAAUUGAAGACGCUUCUGAUGUGGAUGCUUCGCUGCUCGGAAAACUUUUGUUGACGGCAAAGAAUGUUGCCAAGGAGCUUCAUCUGGAUAACGGAUAUCGUUUGGUUAUCAACAAUGGCAAAGAUGGAUGUCAAUCCGUCUUUCAUCUUCACAUUCAUGUUCUCGGUGGACGUCAACUACAAUGGCCACCCGGA